UUGUGCCGAUUUGUGCGGGGAUAGUGGCCUGCGACUGAUAGAGGAUCGAGCAAACGACGGAUUGUGCGCUAUACUAAUCCGAUCCCUUAUAGAAAUCCAACAUUAAAUCCCAAACUUUUUCUGCCUCUCGUCUCUCUUUCGCCUGCUCUCCCUACACCACCCCCAUCGUCGAGGCGACAGCGGCGCACGUACUCCGCUUCAAGUCGCUUUUUAGCGUUUAAUUUUUUUCGCCAAUUACGGCUUGAAGCUGUUAAAAUGGUAGUUUAAAUGGCCAUGUGUUGGACCGUAAGUAUUAAAGGAGGAGUCUGGAGAGACAGUGAGCACUGCAAGCAAUGGAGUGGCAGAGUGGCUUUGCCCCCUGUGCCAAACAGGGCAAACAGACAGAUCUUCCCUGUCUCUACAUCUCACUGAGCAACACAGCGUGCUUCCAUCUUGUGUCGACAAACUGCUGGACAUUGCUAUUCUAAAACAGUGUGCCAGUGGAGGAGAAAAGGACAAAAGUUCUCUAAAAUCUUUAGGUGCUGAAUCUUUGCAACUGAAGCACGCUGAAGACGUAGAUCCCUGCCAAUCUAGUGAGAGUUCAGACGCUAUCCAGACGCUUGGAGACCAAGAGAUGGAGAAAGUAAGAAUAAUGGAACAGGAGGAAGGUAAAGCUGAGCCAGAGCCAGAAGAGGAGGGAAAUCAACCGACAGGAGCAACUGAAAACCCGGAAAUUCCAGACGCUAGUGAAAAGUCAGUUGGUAAAAAUGGUGUGCCAGCUGACAAUAACACCCAGUCAUUCAAAUGCAAUGCCUGCCUGGAAACUUUUGCCAGCAAAUCUGCUUUGAAAGUUCAUUACAACUCUGCAUCCCACAUUCAAAGGAUGACAGUUCCCUCAGUUCCUGUCCUGUCUCGGCCAUAUAUAUCAAACAAACCCUACCAGUGUGCUACAUGUCGAGUCUCUUACAAUCAUGCCAUCACCCUUGAGAGCCAUAUGAAAUCUGUCUUGCACCAGACCCGCAGCAGAAAUGCUGGAAUUGUCGCACAUGCUGCAAACAGCACAGUUGAUUCUGCUAGUUUGGGAGGGACCACCACCACCAGUGCUCUAAACACUGUGGUGACCACAUCUGGAAGUGGAACCAGUCAGUUAGUUACCACCCACCACCUGUGCUGCGCCUGGGACUGUGAUGGUGACUACUACAAAAGACGGAGAGCAGAUUCAAACUUCGCAAGUGGCUCCCUCCCUCCUCACAUCCCCAGUGGCCUCAGCUCAGGCGGUCUCAGCCUUUCUCACCCUCCUCACAUCUAGUCCCAGCACCCUCUCACACUCCCUCCUCCCUUCCCUGUUCGCGGCUAGUGCUGCUCCUGGUGCCGCCGUGCCUCAGCUCGUGCCUCAGCCUCAAAUGGUCAUGCCCUUGAUCUUGAAUGGGCUCCAAGCCCAAACCCAGCAGCACCAAGAGAACCAGCAAGGUCAGCUCCUAACUCAGUGUGUGCCAUUUGUAGGUCUCAGCACAGCCCAGCAAGCCCUCCUAACCCAAAGACUUAACAGCUUACAGAACCAGUGGCCCUCUGCAGGAGUUCCCACAAACAUGCAGCCUUGCCUGGAAGAGCAAAAACAGACUGUAAAGUGUGAGAGAGAGCAGGAAAGGCAGAGCAGUGAUGAGACCGUUGACGAGAAGUUCUCGGAUCAGCUCAUGGACAGGAAUAACUGGACUACAGAGAACAUUAAAACAGAUAAAUGUGAGGACAGUAAAGAUUCUGCACAGUGUCCUAACAUAGAAGGCAAAGUGAAGGUAGAGAAAAAUGAAGACCGUAGGAAGGCAAUUGGAAAUAGCACAACAGAUGGGGACAGCUCGACUAAUCAGUUGGACCUGGAAGGUGAUAAAGCAGCUAGCCUCUGUCUCUCCCCAGCGGGCACAGACAAGAGCCUCCGCAAUAAGAAUCUCUCGCCUUCUGCAUCUGUGCCCAGCAACUCGAGCCUCAGUCCUUUAAAUUUAAACCUUACACUUAGCCCCGAUUCUACUCCUCAGAAAUCACAAUCAGGCACUAGCCCCUGUGGCUCUCUUGGCACUCCGAAAUCCAGUCCGAGCACAAAUGCCUUAACUAACAACCAAACUCGACCCCUUUGUAAUGCAAUGGGGUCCAUUUAUCCAGACGUUCCAGUGCUGUCAGAGUUCCAGUCGGAGGUUCUCUGGGCGUUCUUUGAGUCACGCAGUGAGGCUGAUGCUGCAAGUCCUCCCCGUGAGGACUGCGAGGCGCUGGGCAGAGAGGUUGGACUUUCUGAGGAAGAGGUACGCAGGUGGUUGAGCCAAGCUCGACAUGCCAAACGGAGGCAGAGGGCGUCAGAGUUAGAACACCUGCGACGCUUGGCAGGAUUUACAAGGCAUGCCCAAAGUUCUGACAAUGACUAUGAUGACGAGGAAAGCUCACUGAUUAUAGCAGAAGGUGAUGAUGAUGUGGAAGCGUCAGGAAGUCAGGCAAUGGAUUUGUCUAGUACAAGAGGGAAACGCAGACAGAAAGAUUUGGGAAGGGAGGGUCAGGGAGAUUCCUGUCUCACUUCUGACUCAGAAAAUGAGGUAUACACCUCCGUCAUUGUGUCUGAUGAGGAAAGUCAGAAUGGGUCUGUGAGGGAGGGUCCUGAGAGCCCUGCUAAAGAUGAAGCACCGUGGGAAGUUCAUGUGGAUAAGGGGUCAGUUGGAGGAAAGGUCUUGCGCUCCACAACUGUGUUUCUAUCUGAUGCAGAGGAUGAGUAUGAAGACGAGGAGGGUGGAGGGGCUCAGAGGGCCAAGAGGAAAAAGCGGAAAGGGGAGUUUGAGCUAGAUGAGGUGGAGGUGAAGAAGGAGAGGCAGGACCCUGAUGUGGAUCUAGAGUUGGAGGCCCAAGGGGAUCCUCCAAGUUCACAGUCCCACGCUGAGAUUCCAACCAGUGCUCUGCACUCACUUCCUCUGUCCCUUGCCCCUUUUUCUACUCAGUUCCUGAGCCCCUAUGUUCUCUCUCUUACUCCUUCAUUGGUUGAUGGUAACAAACUACCCAUCUUUCCUAACCCGCCAACCAUCACACGCUUCUCCAGCUCUCUUCUCUCGCAGUCUCUCUCCUCCCACAGCCAAACUUCCCACUACCUGUCCAAUGGCGGUGACUGUGAGUCCGCUCUGGAUCUCAGCAUGGGGAAAAACAACUCAAAAUCUGCUUCUUCCUCAUCAUCUCUGGCUGAUAAAAUUGCAGCACAGAAGGGACAGUUGUUGGAUGGGCUUGGCUUGAGGCCCACAUCCAAAGGUCUGGUAGUAGUCCAGGUGAAGCCUGAACCCGUUACUUCCAUGUCCUCUUCCAACAGCAGUAUGAGUCUGAACUGCAACAACAUGACAAAGUCAAGUAUUUACAUGAGAGCAGCAGAGAAAAUGAAUGCCACACUACUGGAAAGGGAGAGAGAGAAGGAAAGGGAGCAGGAGCAGCAGAGGAAAUCCAAAGGAAAAAGGUAUCGGGAUAUGAGACGUUCAAGGACCAUCAUUCAAGCUGAACAACUUGACAUUCUGUAUGGCUGCUAUUUCAAAGACCCAAAUCCUGGGAAACAUGAGUUUGAACAGAUUUCAGAGUGGGUGCACCUUCCAAAGAAGGUUGUUCAGAUUUGGUUCCAGAACAUGAGGGCGAGGGAACGAAAGGGUGAGGUCCGAUUCAUCAGUGAUGGGACCCUGGCAGCAGUUGGAAAACCUCUCAUCAAAUUUACCUGGCCUCUUUCCAAACCCAUUUUCUCCAACAAGCCUGCUCCAAAUAAUACUGGGUGCAUCACAACUGCUCCAAUUGUGCGCACCCUCAUUAAGACUGAGAGAGAGCCUGUAAAGGAGCUGGGCAAACUGGCCGUGGUGAAAAAAAUAGCCCCGAUUCCUAUCAAGCCCAAGGAGGCUGUUUCCUCUACCACUGUCUCUCCUGUGAGCAGUAGUGCUACUGCAGUGCCAAAGACCAAGCUUGAAACCACCAGCAACGUCACGAUGGUCAAAGUUGCACCCAAAGUCAACACGCCUGUUCUUUUAGCACCACCCAAGGAUCCAAUCCCUAUUGCCCCGCGACCGGCCCAGAAACGAAAGCUGGAAGAGGAAAGCGAGGAAGAAAAGACGGAUGAGGAGAAAGACAGUGAAAAUGAGAUGGGUCCUGGACCAGGGGUCACUAACCGCAUGGUGCCCAAGCUGCCCACAACUCCUAUCCACAACAGGCCUCCUGCCACGACAGUGGUGCCACAAAAACAGAAUGGGCUCAAUUACUGGACCCCCAAGGUCCCCAUCAAGAUCAACACUCUAUCAAGAGAACAAUUGGCUCUUCCAACACACACGCCUCCCCGUACCAUCCCCCCUCCUCCCACACCCAGCAUUGCGCCAGUUAGCCCCAAUACCCCCAGCUCUGCCAAGGUGGCAAGCCCCUCCACCCCGGUUGUAGCUAAAUCCAGCCCGACAGAAAGCAGCUUUCUGCCCCACUCAUCCAGCCGUAGGCCCCGCACACACCUGUCCUGCCUACAGCUGUCCAUUCUGCAGUCCUGUUACGAGACCUGUGCCCACCCUAACGCCAUGGAGUGCGAGGCAAUCGGCACCGAGCUCAACCUGCCACUCAAGGUGGUGCAGAUCUGGUUCCAAAACACCAGAGCCAAGGAGAAGCGCUGGAGGCUUCAACAAGAGAAAAUGUCUCCACUGUCAGGGGGAAAGGUGGACAUGAGUUCAGGAAGCUACCUGCAGUACAACGCUCUCAAAGCCAAUCGUCCCAUCCUGCCCAAACCUGUUCAGCUGACCGUUACUGAACCUCCAGCUUCCGCAGUGGCCGGCCAGCCAGUGCCAAAGGAGACCCUGACAGGCCGCUGUGACGCCUGCAACAUCUCCUUUGAAUCCCGGGCUGCAGCGAGGGCCCACGUCUUCUCCCCGCGUCAUCUGGCAACCCUGAGAACCACUAACUUUGGCCAGCCGACGACGCUCGUCAACAAGAACGGAACGGGUAACGGCGGGCCUGGAAGUGUUGUGCCGGGCUCACAGGUCCCUCAAUCCACUCUGGUAACCGGUUCCGGGGAGAUGGUUAUCGAGUCGCCUCCACCGACGGCCACCAGCAACAGUUAGAGACUCAGAUCAGGAUUGGUCUGCACACUGACUAUUCUUGGACCCAUUUGGGCUCCUCAGAUUUUAAUAUACAAAUUUGAGCACUAAUCCUCAAAAGCUAAUAUUCUAAAAAAAUGUUUAAGUUGGUUCCCCCUGCACCCUCUAUUCCUCGCUCAACCUUCACUCACUCGAAAUCCGUUUUAUCUAUAGAGUUCACCCGGAUUCCAAUGCAACAGCAGACUAUUUCCAUGCUGCUUUACACUCACUCGGUUUCUGUCUGAAAAGUGGUGAACGCAUCUCAAGUCUCCGUCAAUCCUCACACACUUUAUCCAAACAUUUUUGGUCCUAAGCCUGUGGUUCUAUAUUACCUUGCUAUAAUUUGUGAUGGCACUCAACGUGCCUCGCUUGAACUGUGCUACCCUACAGACUGAUGCAAAAGUGUUUCCUCUUUGGAAGUGGCCAUUUGUUGGUAAGCCCGGGAACAUUUUGGGAUUAUGAAUUAAUCACAAAAACAACUCUGUUUUUCUCCUGUGGAAUUGUUUUUAUCAUGCCUACUUUCACUUCUAGGGCAAACGUUGCUUGGAUAUAAUAUGACUGGACUUGGGAGAGAAAGAACUGGUAUUGAGCGUCACUUUUUUUAUUGCUACAGGAGUGUGAUCUGAAGAGUGUUGUGUCCACUCAUUUGGGAUAAAAAAAAAGGUACUUUUAGAGAGAAUAGGGCUGUUGAAUUGUCCCCAUUUACAUGUUCAUAAUUUUCACGACAAUCCAAAUAGACAGGGCAAAAAGAGAGGCUGAGGAAAGUAGAAUCUUGGCAUACCGCACUUUGACACAUUUUACAUUGUUUGAUAUGUUUUUAAGCAUUCUAAUGCAAGUGUCUUUUUAUGGAAAGAUACAUUAAUGCAUGUUGGAUGCCUUUAAUAUAAAUCACAAAUAAAUUGAUUUUUGCUAGUCUAUUAAAACGUGCUUUAAGUGUGAGCAUAAUAUUGUGCAAGAAGCAGACCUGGGUAUGUAAAUGAAGGAGAGCUCUGUUCCAAAAUGCUUUUAUAUCCAUCUUUAAGGGAAAUAUCUGAUUGUCAUAUUCUGUACCUAGAACAUAGCAAAUCCUGCCUGUAAAGUUGUCAGCAUUCUCUUGGCCAAGGACUAUAAUCACAUAAUUACCAACCAUCUUGUUUUUACAACAAAUUCCUUUUGAUCCUGUGGAUUUCACUUUCCCUUCCAAAUGGUGUAUAUCUCAUUUUGAAAUGCAGCUCUUCAUACCAGUUUGGGGGGGAAAUAAAUGUUUUCACCUACUGUGGGUGUGUUACAAGUAUGACAGCCUUAAGAAGAAACCCCACCAGGUAUAUAAAUUCAAGCCCUUAGUUGAUUAAUUUCAUCCUCACCUGGCAUGGAGGGUCAGACCUGAUUUCGUACAUUUACGGUUUUCUUUGCCAUGAAUACUGUGCAGGAAAAAAACAGGAAAAGGCAUUUUAUUUACUUUAAUAUUUAUAUAAAUGCCAAUAGAAGCAAUUAAACUGAUGUAACAGAUUUUUAUUUAGGUCAAAAGCCAAGCCUCUAGAAAUUUUUAAGAGAACAGGGCUUGAAAUGGGCUGUUUCCCAUACUUUUUCCUCCUUGUUUUGUUCAGUUUUGAUACAGAGUUACUAAUUCUGGUUAUGUACGUGCUGUGAAAUGGGCUCUCAUAUCUGGAAACAUUGACAAGGGAGAAAGUUGGGUAUUACUAGUAUCCUUAAGAAACUAAUGGAUACUCAAAUCUUGGAAGCAAAUUGGGAAACAUUAAAUGUGUUGACUGAGAGCUAAUAAGAUGGUGCUGUGUUGAAGGACACAUAACAUACUAAAGAUGUUUUCCUUCGAUUUAAGUUGUAUAUUAAUGUUACUAUUGAUAGUUUUAACAAAAUGCAAAACUAAAACAUCUUUUGUAAAGAAAUAUAUUAAAAAAAAAACUGAUAUUCCAAAGUAAUCCUCCCUUUGCUUUCUGUCAUUCAAAAACCAAAAAGCAAUCUUGAGGUCGACAGAGAGCAGGAGAGGUGUUCGUAAAUGCAAACUGUAAAGGACAUCCCACGGCACUUGCACUAGUCCACAAUUUUUGCACAAGCUACAGACAUUUCAAAUGAACACAGCCAUUAACACGACAUUAAGAAGUCACUUGGUGUGGUUUAUGAAACAAGGAGGGUAAAAAUGUCCUUUCAUGAGUAAUAAGUUGUACUCCUGUUUUGAAACUGUAUCUUGUGUGUAAAACAAGGACUGGAGUGCUUCAACUUCAAGACUGGGAUUACACACACGCGCAGUCGCGCACACAACACAGACACGGUGUUGCACUGUCCAAAAUAGGUUUUUAUGGAGAUCUGCUUUUUUUUCUUUUAUGUUUCAUUGUCACUUUGAUUAUCACUAUUGUUAUAACUGUACUACUACUUAUACGAUUUAUCAUUACUACCCAUCACUGUUUUUGAUUAUUAUUGAUCCAUAAUGAUUUUAAAUGCCACCUCUCUGCUUAAAAACAGUAUGGUAUUCCUAUGAAUAUUGAACAAUAAUAGUGGCAGUGUUAUGAAUUGUUAGAUUUUUGAUUAAGCUUAUUUUCCUCCUCACUUGUACCUGCCUUUUUGUGUUUGGUCUCCAUUAUGCUUUCUUUGAUAUACAGAAAAAGAAAUAAAAUCAGUUGAACGACAAA